CACAUUUAGGAGGUCCAAAGACGCUCGUUCAACGUACCUGGCAUUGAAGUAGUGGAUACUACGCGCACGACUAUCUCGCUCCGCAUACAAUCCUGCCCCACCAAAUUAGUCUACGAUUGCAAUAUGGCGAGCGAAAGCACCAAAUUCGUGCCUCUUACCUGCCACGGCCACUCUCGCCCAGUCCCGCAUCUCAGCUUCUCUUCGGUCACCGAUGAUGACCAGUACUACAUCAUAUCUGCUUGCAAGGACAAUAAUCCUAUGCUCAGGGAUGGCAUGACUGGAGACUGGAUUGGCACCUUCAUCGGCCACAAGGGCGCCGUGUGGCAAGCACGCCUGUCCUCAGACGCAUCACUUGCUGCGACUGGCUCUGCUGACUUUUCUGCAAGAGUGUGGGAUACGCGCACCGGGGAGGCACUUCAUACACUGCAGCAUAACCACGUUGUUCGUGCAGUGGCCUUUCCGAAUCAGCCGCGACCACAAAUCCUCGCGACAGGGGGCGUUGAGAAAAAGUUGCGCAUCUUUGAUCUGUCGCGUAGCGCAUCCUCUUCGCCCGUCACGGCCAACGAAUUGUCUUCUGCUGCGUCCACUCCGAGCUACGAAAUUGGCUUAGGUGUGCAUGGUGGUACUAUCAAGUCGAUCGUCUGGGGCAACGACCCUAAUAUCUUGAUCACGGCCUGCGAAGACAAAAAAAUCCGGUGGUGGGACUUGCGCAGUCGGUCUACAAUCGGAGAAUAUCAGGUUGACGGUGUUGUUGGUACCUGCGAGUUGGAUAACCCUACAUCAGACGCUGGCAAUAGCGGCCCAGGAGUUCUGAGCGUAGCAUCAGGUAAAACGGCAUACUUUUUCGACGGUGCACAGCCUGCACAGCUCAUCAAGAGCGUCAAAAUGCCACAAGAUGUUGCCAGUGUUGCGCUCCAUAGCGGACAGCGCAAGUUCAUUACUGGUGGCGCUGGAGACACGUGGGUGCGUAUCUGGGAUUUUGACGAAGAAAAAGAGCUCGAAACUGGCAAAGGCCAUCACGGUCCUGUGUGGUCUGUCGGAUUCUCUCCUGACGGAAAACUAUACGCAACUGGUAGCGAAGACGGGACCAUUAAGCUCUGGAAGUUUACAACAGGCCCAUAUGGACUCUGGCGAUAGAUAUCGGAGUGUACUUCAGCUUGGCUGAUCUUAUACGGUGUCACAUCAUGCUAUCAAUCCCGCAAUUGUCAUGACGAUCUAUAUAGUCUUCGGCGCUUGAUACCCAGUGAGGCGCGUAUUGAAGUUAUAUCACGAUAGUUUUCAUGCAGAGAUAUAGCAGACUACGACACCAGCACAAAUCUCAGAUACCAUUCAUUCUUAACCCGGACCUGUUCUUUCUCCGGGCUCCACUAAAGCCCCAGUUUAUGAUAGUCGGCCGCGCCUGCCCCACUGUUAUCUAUCUUGAUCUUGAUAACACUCAUUUAAAUUCGCCAAUAGGACGCCGAAUGCUCUUUGGCCGAUGUGUAGCAGCAAGUCCGGGCCUAGAUGUAUAUAACGCAUAUCUUGCACUUCAACGUCACUAUAACUCGAACUGACAGCGACGCAUUCUCCUAUACAACCACCGCUGUUAGGUCGUGUGAGCGUACA